CUUCAUUACUUUUCUCCAAAAUUUCCAAUGUUCCCAUAUCUUUAUAGGAUAUUUACAUAAUCUUACAACAGCGGUUUCGCAUAUCACUUCGUAUCACUCCUGUCCAAAUUCAGGACUUUGUUUGGAAUUAUUAAAGGUGUGGUCGAGGGCCAUCGCUUUUGAGCUUUGACCUGCAUAUGACUUAAUUGCAGGGGUUUGAAGCAAAAUUCAAGGAUCCUGACGAUUUGCAUUUUUGACAACUUCUUUUAGGACGCUUUCCGCCAUAUUACCGUGGGGAAAAUAUAAAUUCUGUUACAACCAUAUUACGUUGGGAAAACUAUCAGAGCUCCAGCUAGACAGAAAAGGCAAAGAAAAAAAGAAGGAAAAAGGAAGAAAAGAAAGAGGAACACCUUAACAAAGUAAUUGGGAACUCGAUAAAAUUAAUUACAUGCGCAAAAGCCGGUCCCAUGGCGCCGGUAGGAGGAGCCCAAGAAUUUGACGAUUUUGGCCUGCCCAUUAGGAAAUAUGUAAGCCCCAAAGAGACGGAGCAAGAUGGGACCAAAAGCCAAACACCAAUUGGUGAGACGGGGAACAGCUCUAAUAUCAUCACGAAAGAGGUAGAGGUAGAGCCCUCACCAGAAACCCCAAGUAAUGCUGCCGAUGCAAAAACGACAAAGAAGGUCGCAAAAGAAACAACAGAAACAUCAAAAAAUAGCUUAAACACCCCUAAUAAGGUCACGAAAGCAGACGACACCUCUACCAGUAAUAGUGAUAACGAUAAUUUCCAAGAUGCGCCCUCUACUCCGACACCAGAACCUGCCCCUCAAGCAGAGUCAAAAGAUGUCGAAGAGGCCAAAGCCCCUGCGCCUACGCAAACGCAAACCCAAUUCAAGAAUGCCGACAUUCUAAGAGGGGAACCAAAAGAGGAGGCAAAGGAGGGGCCAGAUUCCUACGAAAAUCUAGAUCUGUCGCGAACGUCGAACCGCAGGAAUACGACAAGCAAAGAUGUGCAAGCAAUUUCGGGGCCUACCUUUAAACAAAUUGAGGCCAAUAAACAUGCGGACGAGGUUAACGAACCUCCACGUGUCGACCACAAUCGAAACGUCAGCGUAGCAAGCACGAACCACGAUGUUUCCGAAUUUUCCCAUCAGCAGUUAACCGGACAUCACGAAGAGAAGAAAGACGAUGACGACGAGGAGUGGCAGGCAAUGCCGGCUUACGCACCUUACGACAUAUACGAUGACGAUAACAGACUUAUUGCUAAAGAACAUAACCCAGAAGAGGACGAUCAUUAUGGGUAUGGAAGUCUUGGUGGGGCCGGCAAAGGCUACACAAGAGUGUUGGAUGACGAAGAUGCGGAAUCGGAAACAAGUAUGGACGAUAACACAAGAUACCUGUUCAAAGACCCGAAGAGUACGAGCAUGACAGAGAUGGACGAGGAGCAACGAGAUGCCGUCUCUCAGCUACAGGCCACCAAGGAUUUAUUAACAGAAGGACAGAGGAUAGCCUACGUUGGUGUCACUCGUUUAGAACUCUCUGAGAUGGUUAAGGAGUCCGAAAGUAUUGAACGGCUAAAAAAGAUCAAGAAGGAAGUCCAGGUGGCAGCUGAAGCAAUGAAAAUGUGGUCUCAAAAGAUUAUGAUGCGACUAUAUGCGCAUAUGGAAAUCAGUCCGGCCGAACAAGUCAUGAUUGAGCAGUUAGCUGAGCAUGGUGUAAUGCCGAAUGAUCUCACACCGACUCUGAUGCAAAACGCAAGAGUUAAGAAUCCCAUGGCUGAGAAAGCGCCAUCGACCCCCAAGACGACGUCAAAAAGUACUCGAUCUUCCAUUUCUACGGCGGAAUUUGUUGCGGAGUCGCCUCCGCCUUACGAAAGUCAUGAAGGUGAUGAAAUGCCAGAAGUAAGAACACCCUCACAGUUACCAAGCACCGAUAGGAUCGAUAUCGACUUGCGGUGGACUGUUCUCUGUGAUCUCUUCCUCGUACUGAUCGCCGAUUCGGUUUACGACGCUCGGUCCCGAGUACUGCUCGAAAGGGUAGGUAAAGACUUGGAAGUCCCUUGGAUAGAUAUCUGCAGAUUUGAGAAGCGCGUCACCGAUGCUUUGGAAAUGCAGCAGCAGGCAGAAAAGGAAAAUUGGAAUGAAGAGGAGCAUCUCGAAAACAGGAGGAAACUUGCUCUUAAGCGGCGAUACGUCAUGAUGGGCUUAGCUACUGUCGGAGGUGGACUGGUCAUCGGUCUUUCUGCUGGACUUCUAGCACCCCUUAUCGGUGCCGGCCUUGCUGCUGGUUUUACAACUAUCGGAGUUGGUGGCACCAGCUCCUUCUUGGCAGGAGCAGGAGGAGCAGCCAUUAUCACUUCUGGUGCCGCGGCCUCUGGAAGUUUCAUGGGUGGCAAAGCCGCAAACCGACGGACGGGCGCUGUGAAGACAUUUGAAUAUCGGCCGUUACACAACAAUAAGCGUGUUAAUCUCAUUGUGACCAUCUCUGGAUGGAUGACCAGCAAGGUCGACGACGUCCGUUUACCUUUUAGCACUGUUGACCCGGUCAUGGGCGACAUUUACUCAAUCUUGUGGGAGCCCGAAAUGUUAACGAGUAUGGGUGAUACCAUCAACAUCCUAGCGACAGAGGCUCUCACUCAAGGAUUACAACAAGUGUUGGGGAGCACUAUCUUAAUUAGUUUAAUGGCUGCCUUGCAGUUGCCAGUAGUUUUAUCCAAGUUGACAUACUUGAUCGAUAACCCUUGGGCUGUUUCGCUAGACCGUGCAUGGGCCGCUGGCCUUAUACUCGCGGACUCGCUCAUUGACAGGAAUUUAGGUACUCGACCUAUUACCUUGGUCGGUUAUUCUCUAGGCUCCCGCGUCAUUUUCGCCUGCCUCCUAGAGCUGGCCCGAAAAGGCGCUUAUGGGUUGGUCCAGAACGUGUAUAUUUUUGGCUCGCCCGUCGUCGUGAAGAAGGAAGAAUUCAUAAAGGCCCGUACCGUUGUAGCUGGCAGAUUUGUGAACGGAUAUAACAGGACUGAUUGGAUCCUCGGCUACCUUUUCCGCCUGACGAACGGUGGUAUUCGCCGUGUAGCAGGUCUGGCCUCUAUAGAGGAUAUUCCCGGUUUGGAAAACCUCGACUGUACGGACUUUGUGGUUGGUCACAUGGAAUACCGAACAGCGAUGCCUAGGCUCCUGAGGGAGUGCGGCUGGCUCGUUGAGAGCGACGAGUUUGGUGAGAUCGAGGAUCCAGACCCGGACCGCCACAGAGAGCGUCAACGGGAGCUGAUCAGCGAAAUCGAAGAAGCCCGUAAGGAAUUAGAUAAGGAGGGGUCCUCGAAGAAGGGGGGAUGGGGUAUUUUCGGCCGCAAAAAGAGAACUUCUCGACAGGAAUGGGAAGUUUACGAAGACAACAACAAGGCGGGGUCGGAAGCGCUGUCUAAGACUGAAGAUAAGGAAGGUAAUAAUCAUGGCGUCUUAUUCGACGUCGACGCGAUCAGGGCGGAGCUUGCAAAGGACGAAGAAUUGCAGGUUAAGGAGUUAAAGUCUACGUUGCCACCGAUAAAGCUCGGAUAUUCACCCUCCUCAUCGACGAAUAGUCCAAGGGAUACCCUCUACAAGACGAGAAGCGACGAAGGUAUUUGGAAGAGUCCUUCCUCGUACGAGUACGGCUUAUCCCAAGAACGAACGCCCACGCUACCUCCCUCUCGGGCACUCGGCUUUGGCAUGCCACCGCCGGAAGAAGAGAUAGAGAUGACAUUCGACACGGCCUUCGCAGAACAUCGCGAUAUUCCGCCGCCCCCACCUGCGAAGGAUUACUCGCUCUCUAGGCCGGAAAUCAAGACGGCACAAACAACACCCAGCAUGACGUUGGCGGAUCCCUGGGCAGAUGACGACGACGACUUUGGUAAGGAGAAGGAGAUCUCGAUGACUUUCGCGUAAACUACGAAGCAUGGCCUGCUCUCCUCGUGAGAAGGCUGUAAUACGUACCUAGGUACCUACCUGCCCAUGUGCUCAACAUUCGAUACGGCUUGUCUGCUUUGUCUUGUUUAUCUUGGGGCCGCACUUACCUAAUUUUUAUGCAUACUUGGGACACAUUUAUCGGCGUUCUUCAGUUCUUUUUUUAUUUGAUAUCGGUCUUAUCGUUCAUUUAUUCCAAGCAAGACCUCCAGGUCGUCUUUAGAGGGUUUUAGGCUACAUAUCUAGAUUUUAUUAUAAGUUAGGUAGCGAAUUAGCUGGGCGAUAUUACAAGCGGUGAUAUCCAGACCAUGGAAUGAAAGGGGUGGAAGAGUUAACUGGCUUUGGCAUGAGGGGAGCACGAAAGUAACUGAAGUCAGGUACCUGCAACUGGACGGAGAUAUAUUGGUCGUGGGCUAUAGUUUAGGUACUUACCUAAUGAUAUAAGAUAUAUUCAA